UACUUUCACUCUUGGUUCUAAAGCUCCUUCGUUUCUUUCUCCCUUUCUCCCUCCGUUUCUUUCAUUCACAGAAACUCAGCCAAAAAACCCUAGCACUGUAAGCCUACACCACCGCCGCCGCAAGGAGUGGCAUACUGCCGCCGUCCGUCCGUCUAUCUAGCUUCCCUCCUGCUCCAAGUCUUCAACUCCCGUUCGCUGUCACCGAUCGCAGCUGCUUCCUCGAGCUCGGCGUCCGUCGUCUUUGUCUGCUCAGCGGCGCUUCCGCCGCCGUUGGUUGCCGUUAACGUUCGCGUCUUCAUUUAGCCGUCGUCUUCGUUCGCGUUCUUCGCCGUUCAAGUUUGCUCGGCGUUCACCGCUUCGCGUUCACUCGCCGUUCACCGUUCGGGUUCGCGUUCGUCUGGAAGCCACGUUGCCCUGCUUCAAACUCUGCGACCAACCCGUGCGCUCCACCUAGCCGUCGAACUGCUCUCUUUUGUCGCCGCCUUUUGUGCUUAAUCGGGAUAUGAUUUCCUUGGAACCAAACAUAGUCUCUGGUGAAUUAUCCCGCGCUUAUUCGAAGACAGGAACUACCACAACCCCCCGGUGGUGGCACAACCACAGCACAGCACCGCACCAGCACACACAUCAUGGAACCCAUCAUCCUUUCUGACGAAGAUGACCCUUCAACGCCGUUUCCGGUCCAAUCCAAGAAACGCCGAACUGAACCGGCACCUAACCAGACCAUUUUCCUCGUCGAUGACGACCCGACCCCACAGAAACCCCGGCUGCAACACGGUGCACAUUCUUCGUCUACACCUUCGUUCGUCGCUGAGACUCCGAUGUCCCUGCAAUUCGAUUCUGAAGUGGCGAUCGUGAAAUGCAUUCCAACGUCUCAUUCCGAUCCUAAUGUUAGGGUUUCCACUUGCCUGCCCAAUAACCUCUCCGGAAUUAGUCAAAUGAUAUGUUUGGAAUCAGAUAACGAGUCGGAAAAUUCUGCUCUGCGCGAUUGUGACGAGAAUGAAACAAGGGGCCCCGCAUUGGAUCUUCCUGGUUCAGGAGGUUCAAGAUGGACUUCAAAUUUGAUUGGAUCUGGAAGUUCUCCUGAGAGACAUUCAUUGGAAACUAUGGAGAUGCACAUAUCAAGUGGAAAUGAUACUCAAACUGAAAACUCUUGGGACAAUCCUUCAAAUCCAACAUCUUCUCAAUUGGAGGAGAAUGUCCAAAAGAAGAAAAGAUCCAAUAUUUCUGCAAAGAACACUGGCAAAGCAACAGGAAGAACAAAGAUGACAAAAGAGGAAAGAAGUCGCUUGAUGGAGGAAAAGAAACUACAAAAGGAACAAGAGAAGUUAAGAAAAGCAGCACUUAAAGCUGAAGCUGCAGAACUUAAAAAAAUGGAGAAAGAAAAGCAGAAGUGGGAAAAAGGGAAGUUUGCCACAAAUUCCAUUGUAGCAGAAAUUGACACGAUGGUAGUUGAAUCAGGAUCAAUUGGAGGACAUCUGCUUACUAGAUUUUCUGAAAAAGGGCUUAAAUACCAGAUUACAUCAAAUCCCAUCAAAGGGUCAAUUUUAUGGCAUAUGGAAGUUCCAGAACAACUUUCACAGCAUUCAACUAAAAGAAUUGAGAUUUCAUAUGUGUUACUGGUUUAUGAAGCUGACAAAUUUUGUAACCUCAUCACAAAUGAUUCUCUUUGGGGUCAUCUCUCUAGCAUUCAAAGUCAUUAUCCAUCCUAUACAGUUUGUUAUCUCACCAAUAGAUUGAUGGCUUACAUUAAUAAAAGGGAACAGGAAAAGUACAAGAAUCCUGAUAAAUAUAGCAGUUGGAGGCGUCCGCCUGUUGAGGAGGUGCUUGCAAAAUUAGCAACUCAUUUCACCAAAGUUCAUUCCAGGCAGUGUGUGGAUGAGGCUGAACUGGCUGAACAUGUUGCUGGUUUGACAACCAGCCUGGCAUCUUGUCAAUUUAGAAAGAAGUUAACUCGAUUAUCUGUGAGUGCAAAUGGAGCCCUUGUUCCAAAGGACAGUGUUGAUCGUAAUUUAAUAAAGAAAUCGUUGUGGUUAAAAGCUUUGGUUGCUAUCCCCAAGGUUCAGCCUCGAUUUGCUAUUGCUAUUUGGAAGAAAUACCCAACCAUGAAGUCCUUGUUAAGCGUUUAUAUGGAUCCAAGCAAAUCGGAGCAUGAGAAGGAAUUUUUACUUAAAGACCUGACAGUAGAAAAUCUGGUUGGCGGCGAGAGAAGAUUAGGUGAGGUUUGUUCAAAGAGAGUGUAUAGAAUUCUAAUGGCGCAAAGCGGAAGCAUUCGAACCGACGACAUUGAGGAUGGUGCUGAUUUCUUUGCGCGUCAAUCAUAAAACGCAAUAGAGCUUUCUAAUCUUUUUGGGUCGGAAUAUGUAAUCCCUAUUUAAGAAAGGGUAUCAACAUGGAAAUGCUUUCUGUCAUUUUUAAAUGAAUUGUGUCAAGUGUACAUAAUAGGACUUGGUUUGGACUCAAUUUAAACUAGCAUUUUAAUUUUGCAGUUGUUAGAGCAA